AUCCACGUACGUAUAGUUGUAUACCAGGUGAAGGACCAAUUUGCUGGCGCGUUGCGACCGUUUUGACGAAUAUCGCGUGAAUUUCUCUUUUGCUGCGCAGGGGGCGCGAUCUGCCAGUACGAUGGUUUGCUCUUUUGUUGCUCUGCUGUUUUGUAGAUUCGGGCAGGAGUGACGUUUGAGAGCAGCGAAGUGCGGCAAGCGGUUGAUGCGCACGUGUAUGCAUAUGUAUAGGAUUACCUACUGUGAAGCGUACGUUUUUGCUUCCACGUUUACUGAGGCGAAGGCGGCGGGGACCCCCCCCUGAACGGGCAGUAUACACUUCUUCCCCAACGCAACAACGAUGGAGCACUGCAGAAAACGGAUUGAGGAGCUGGUGAGGGGAGAGGGGGGGGAGGCAGAACUCCCCAAGGAUGAAAACGAAUACCUAAUAAAGCAGUUACUAAAAAAUGUUAUCGAAAUUGUGAAACUGACAAACAGAGUCUCCACAAAUUGUCUCUACGAAAACAGAGUAGAUGUCAUGUCCAACGAUGAGCAGGCGAAACAGAUCCAAAGGGAUUUACUAAAAACGGUGCACGAUUUGUUACUAUACAGCUCUAGUGAAAAAACGAAGAGUUCACUUACGUGGGAACUCAACGGUGACCACUUAACCCUAGCUAAUAAUUAUCACAUCAUAUCUACCACGCUGGAAGAAAUUUUGUCCAGGGCGAAGGACUGCUUUCGAUUCUUUCAUGUUAAAGAUAAGGAGACCUCAUUGUUGUCAUGUAAAAAUAGCAAACUUGAGAAGAAUUCCCCCCCCGAGUUUGCUUCUUCCCAAAGGGGGGAAGGCAAGCCAGCAAAUACCCAUUCAAAGGGGAAGACCAAACCAGGUCGCAACCACAACGGAAAGAAGAGUAAUAAGGACCCCAAUUUGCAGGCACAAACUGGAGAAGAGGGAGAGAGAGAUAACGCAUUUCAGAUAAUCUUCCAGUCGAACAUCUUACACGUUCAGAGCGAAUCGGAGGAGAGUACCUCAGAGAAAGCAAAUGAAAAAAAAACGAAAAAGGAAAUAAGCAAAAAUGAGAAAAAAAGGAGGUCAUCAUCACCCAAGUGGAAGGAGAAGAGUGAGGAGAACCCCCAAAUGAUGGAUAACCUCUCCCCAUUUAGAAAAAUCUCGAGAAAAACACAGUACGCUUGGUUGCACCUGAUUAACAAUCAUGCUACCUUCUUCAUCCCCCGUCUGCCGGUCAAGCAUAACAGACUGGCUGAUCUGGAGAGAGGCCUUAUCGAAGCGGUAAAAUCCAUGCAGAGCUACAUCCAGAAGAAGAGGAAAAUUCUUCAAUACAGGGAACUUUUUAACGGCAAUAAGUUGAAGCAUAUAAGUUGUGGGGAUAUUCUCGGCGAAAUUUUUGAGGAGGACAAGCUGGGAGAUGUAGCGGAGGGUACGGUGAAAGAGGUGAAGGCAUCCCAAUUGUGCAGCAGCUCGGGGGGCUCCUCAGAAGAGCCUAUUAUCCCCCAAGAACGGCUUACCUCCCCCCCAGAUGAGUCCUUCUUUUGGAAGAUGCUGAAAAGGCUAGAUAAAGACAUAAAUAAAUGUAACCCCCAAUUUAGCAACCUGGGCCAUCCGUACAGUUACGAAAUAAAUGACAUGCUAAGUCGGUACCACGAAAGGGAUGAAAGUGUAUCCCCCUUCGUGAAGGUACCCCCUGAAUUGCCCCUCCCCGUGCAGGUAAACGAGAAGGAGUGCAAAAUGGUUAGCAGUGAAGGUGAGCUGAUCGACAUGGUGAAUACUAUUAAAGCGGGGUGCACAAAAAUGUCCCUCUCCCUUGUGAUGAAUUAUAAAAGCACCUACCGAGGUUUCACAUCCCUAAUUUUAGUGGGAACAGAAGAGUGCGAUUACAUCCUUGAUGCGUUGCACAUUUUCGAGCAGAUGCACGCGCUGAACGAGGUUACUACAGAUCCGAACAUCCUCAAAAUUGUGUACAAGUCGAAAAGCAUCAUACCAGUGAUGCAGAGGGACUUUUCGAUCUACUUUGUUAACAUCAUUGACAUUUCUGUUUGCUCUGAUUUUCUGAACGUGAGGAACUCCUUGGCUUUUCUGGUGCACAAUUACUUCCACGUCAGUGUCAAUUCGGCUGGACAAGGGUUUAAUGCUCUCACAAGACCGCUGUCCACUGACGCGGUUCAAAAUUUGAGGAUGCCUUUCCACUAUCUGUACUACCUCUUCGAGUACGUCAAGACGGACUUAUAUUUCAACUACAUAUUUGCGCAUUACCGGCGGGAGGGUCAAACGGAGGGGGGAGGAGAAGCUGAGAGGGAAGCGAAGGAUGAGGAAAACGCUAUGGAUGCGAUAGACUCGAUGGACGCGGAGGAUGCGAUGGACACUCUGCAACGGCUGAUCGACCGGGAUGGCCCCCCCCGAAGCAACAUCUACGUACACUUUGAAAAUAUAAAAUUCGAAAACACCUCAGAAGAGGAACAAAAAUAUGGAGAAGAAAUCAUCAGGAAGGUAUUCAGAGAGAGCAAUAAGAUGUGCCUUCUAGAGUACAAGGUGAAAGACGUGUGUGAUGUGGAAAAGACAAAGGAAAAAAUCAAAAGGAUUAUAAAAACGUCCUAUUAUAACUCCUCCAGUUGUGACCCCUUAAUAGAAAAUAUAUUAACCUGGAGAGAAAAGCUAGCCAAAAAAAAUGACGAAUCUCCGGACAGCAUAAUUAACAUCCACACCAUCAUUUCUAUUAUUUUGAAUAUGCCUACCUCAAUUUCAAGCCUAAAGAAUAACAUCAUCCCCAUGUCCAAUCUUAUGUCCGAAAAUCUGGAGGCCCUAUUUGAAAUAAUUAUCAAAUCGAGUCUGAAAAAGAAGACGAAUCUACAGUUUUAUCGAAAUUUUAUUCAAAAUGAGAAGCCCAACAUUUCUAACUGCAGCAAUGAACAGGAAUUGAAUUCCAUGCAAUGCCCCGUCCCUAGGGAGGAGAGAAGCGGUCUAGGCGGCGAAGCGGCGGACGGGGAAGGUGAAGCCAACGGAAUCCUCAUUGUCCCGCCGAGGAUGCACUUUCAGAGCAUUUCGGAGGGGGCGCAUCCUCCCGAGGGGGAUGAGGAGGGCGCCGGAGAUAGCAUUAGUGAUUGUAAUAGCGCUGGUGAUGGUGAUGACGAUGACGAUGCCCCUCGCUGUGCCCCACACAGCAGACGCGACGGACGCGGUGACGAACUGGAGGCGCACGAAGAGGGAGGAACCCCCACAGCCAGCGCGCCUGAUCAGACCUUCACCCUGGAGAGAACCUUCUUCGGCGACGACGAAAGUGACGAGGAGGCCAGCGAGAAACGUAAAACCUUUGGCGGCAAAAACGGAAAAUAUGAAAACUACGCUUUGCUGUCGUCCCUACUUAGCUACGUCAAAGAGAAGAACCAGAAAAGGUGUAAAACUUCUGAGCAUCCUGUGAAGGAAGAAAAUGUGAAGACGGAAGAAGAGGAGGCAGAAAUGCAGAAGCAGAGGACCACUUACAAAAGUGUGAAAAGGCAACUACCCCUCGACAUUGCUGACAACAGUUUUGGCCAAAAAAAAAUUAAACCAAUACAACAGCAGCAACAACAACAACAACAACAACAACAACAACAACACCAGUCGUACAGCGAGCAGUACAACAUAAAGAACGCAAAGGGGCUGUACUCCAAAAACAUUUUAAGCGAAAUGAACAAAAAGUGGAAUGGCUAG